CAAGCAGCAGUGUGUUUCGUGAGGUGUAGAUAAUACAGCGGUUAUCCUAUCCUAUGGCGGCUUAAAAAAAUCAAACUUGAUAGAAAUAUUUUUCUGAUAACUUGAAAAAUGUGUUUCUGUGUAACGUAUUGCUGAAAUAUUACGUUCGUUCGUGCUUUUUUAUCCUAGUUUUAAUUAUCGAUAACGUUCCUGCUGUAACAAUUCUUACGUUUUUGUAUCGAAAAGCGUUCCGAAAGUUUAUCGUUGAAACGAGCACGUGUUUUCCAUUUCGUUCUGUUAUGAAUUGCGUCAUUUCCUAAACUUUCGUAGCAGAUUUUUCUACAAAGUUAACGAGCGUAAAAAUGACGAUGUCAACGCCUACUGAAGCUAUUUCUGGUACACCGGAGGAGCUGCUUUCGUUCUCCGAAAAUGGCAAACAAAGUCCAGCCAGCAGUACCGAAAACGAUCGAGUUCAGUUGAAAAAAAGAUUACGUUUAAUCGACGCUAUUGGUAUCAUGGUUGGAAUCAUCGUCGGUUCAGGCAUAUUUAUUUCACCCAAAGGUGUCCUACAGCAUGCCGGAUCACCCGGUCUAGGUAUCGUGGUCUGGAUUUUAUCUGGACUUUUAUCGACGAUUGGUGCCUUAUGUUAUGCCGAACUCGGAACGAUGAUCCCGAAAUCGGGAGGAGAUUAUGCCUAUCUGAACGAAGCUUUUGGACCUUCACUGGCUUUCCUCUACAUGUGGUCAGCUUUCGCUGUCAUAAUGCCGGCCGGUAACGCGGUAAUAGCUAUAACAUGCGCUCAGUACCUGCUACAACCUCUAUGGCCAGGAUGCCAAGUACCUUAUAUAGCAGUACGUUUAAUCGCCGCUGUUUUAACAUGUUUUCUAACAUGGUUGAAUUGUUACGACGUGAAAUGGGUUGCGAAAGUUCAAGAUGCAUUUUCGUUCGGUAAAGUCCUAGCGUUGGGAGUUAUAGUUGUAUGCGGAGUUAUUGCUUUCUUUGAUCCGAAAUACGACAAUUUAUCGGAUCCUUUCUAUGGAAGUUACACUGAACCUGGUCGGAUCGCGUUGUCCUUUUAUUCGGGCAUUUUCUCAUUCGCUGGAUGGAACUAUUUGAAUUUCGUUACGGAAGAGAUUAAAAAUCCGUACAAAAACCUACCUCGAGCUAUUAUGAUAUCGUUACCAGUCGUAACGGUGAUCUAUGUACUGGUGAACUGUGCCUAUUUCGUAGUUUUAAGUAAAACUGAUAUCUUAUCUUCGGAUGCGGUAGCUGUGACGUUCGGUGAUAAAAUGCUGGGACGGUUCAAUUGUAUUAUACCGCUAUUUGUGGUUUUAUCAACUUUUGGUUCCUUGAAUGGUAAUAUUUUUGCCUCGUCGAGAUUGUAUUUCGUUGGUGCUCAAAAUGGUCAUUUGCCUGGUGCAUUGUCUUUGUUAAAUGUCAAUUCAUUUACACCAAUUCCUUCGUUGAUAUUUUUGUGUAUUUUUACGUUAUUGCUCCUCCUGAUCGAGGAUGUGUUCGCAUUGAUCAAUUACGCGACGUUUGUCGAAUCUUUAUUCACGCUUUGCUCCAUAUCAGGUCUUCUGUGGAUGAGGUACAAAGAACCGGAAUUGAAAAGACCGAUUAAAGUUUCAUUAGCGUUACCAGUUUUGUUCUUCAUAGUAUGCACGUUUCUAGUCACUACACCGUUUUUCGUAGAACCAUGGCAAGUCGGUGUUGGAUUUUUGAUAAUCGUAUCCGGUAUUCCUGUUUAUCGAAUAUUUGUCCACAAACAGAAAAAAAUAUCGUGGUUGGAUGGCUUAUCAAGUGAUUUCAAUUCCUGCUGCGCCAAAUUAUUCCUUUCCGCGCAGGAAGAAGGUAAAUACGAUUAAGAAAAUGAGUCAAAAAUCGUCCAUGUGAAUCAUCGAUUGAUUAGAAAGUUUCUCAGAACGAGUUCGCAUUGAUUAGUAUUAUUCUACAUAUACGUAAGUUUUUACUACAGGGUUCAUUGUUUUUUCUGAAACAAAUUUUCGUUUACGUCACGUAAAUAUUAGUCAUGAUUAUAAUUUAAGUUUUGUACAUCACUUGAAUGCUCAGACAUCUUAACGGAUUACUCCCUUCCCCACCCAAUAACAGCAAUAUCCCUGUGGGACACUUGAAUGGGGCUUAUAGUUGGAAAAUAUUUUCUUGAUGCUUAGUUUUUCGUAACGAAGGCAAUGACGCGUGUGUAAGCAAACGAGAAUUUAAAAAAUACAAAAUUCAUUACAUUUAUUACUUUUUGUAAAUAUUUUAUACUUUAUAGAACGUCAUAAAGCAGUUGCUUUUCUGAGUAAGGCAUACUAAAUCUCAAAUAAUUCAUUUGAAUUUGUGAAAAAAAUAAAUAAAAUUUAAUUCAAAAUCACCUUUGGAAAAUUUAUUUUAAAAACAAAAAAAACAUCAAUUCAAUAUAGCUAAUACAUGAACGUUGAAUAACCGUACUUAAUCGCUAGGUAGAUUUAAAAAAAUGAAACAAACAGACAAAAAAUGGAAUAAAGCAAAGAAAAGAGUACCUAUAGGUAAUACAUACAUAUUCAUUAUGUAAUAUAAAAAUGCGCAAAAAAAUGAAUUUUACAGUAGAAUAAGAACAUGAAGAAUAAAUAAUUAUAUAUUAUAGGCUUUGAUUACCUAUUAAAAGAUGACAAAUACAUUCAUAUACAAUAUGGGUAGGUGGGUACUUGUGAAGUAUACAAAAAAUACCUGGUGGGUACAGUGCACACGCUUUAUAUGAAUAUUAUUAUGUAUUGUGUAUCUUAAGACUCCAUUAGACAGACCUUGAACUGGUCAUAGUUGUGUAGAAUGGUGAUGGACUCUUGGCUCAUAAAACCUCUUACAUACAGCCAAACUCUUACAACAAGAUCGUCAUCAAAACAUUUCUUGGGUCAACAAACAGUGCAUUAAUCUCAUGCCCCUUUUCUUGAUGAAUUCUCAGAGCUGACCAUCAUCCAGUUUCAGCAGAAUGAAACGAAGAAACGUGCCCGUAUGCCAUUGAAAAAGAAGCGCCACUUACAAUAGUCGCUUUUCCAAAGAGAGAUGCUCCCAAAAGUAUUCGAUGGAAUUUCUCAAUUUCUCUGCAUUGGCAUGCACUUUAUGAACAAGUCUUCGUGGGUUGUGUAAUACAAGUCAUUGUGAAGGUCGCAAAUCCAGUACAAGGAAUGUGGAUUCGCAGUGUAGCCUACCUUGUUCCAAAUGGGAUCUUCAGACACCAGUUUCCAUAGUUGUAAGAUAUUGUUUUUGAAGAAAUAUCCAAGAGUGUGUGCAGGGCUGAAUUUAGCCAAUCACAUUGGCUAAGUUGAAGGCUGAAGCUACAAAAAAUUUCAUUAACUAAAAGCUAAAGGUAAUGGCCAACAACUUCUGAUUGGCUAGCAACUUUUAGCUAAUGGCUUAUUUUUAAAAAAUGAAGUUUUACCUUGAAACACUUGUUGAAAAAAGACCAAUAAUUACAUAGUACCAUGUGCGCCUGUGUUAGUGUGUCUACCUGUAAAUGAAAAAAAAAAAAUGUUGAGGCACAGCAUUCAAAAACUUCAAAGUAGGUAGGCAAAAUUAAACAAGAAGUAUGUUGCACUCAUUUCAUAGCACCAUUUCCCUAUUAUAAAAAUGAAAAUUCAGAUGCAAUAUACACUUAUGCCCAAAUCUCAAAAAAAUGCUUACUAAAGUGCCUAAUUUUCAUAAUUGAAAUAUUUCUAGGUACUUCCAGAAAUUGUUUAUUGACAUAUUAGUCAUAUGCGUUGCCUUAUUAGGAAAAGGUUGUAACUAUAAAAAAGUUUUUUCCGAGGAAAACACAUUUGAAGUUUUUAGGAAGCUAUCUUACGUUAAUUAUAGUCAAGCCACUUUGAGUAAUAAAUUUUAUCAACUUUGUGAUCAUUCUUCUAUGGAUUUCUGGAAGAAAUAUUACGCUAGAGCAAAUAUUCAAUUUAUUAUUUGAGAAAAUAUGAAGGAGUAUGCAUAUAGGACCUUUUCUUACUCAAUACUCUUACUAUGAAAAGGUCCUAUAUGCGUACUCUUACUAUGAAAAGGUCCUAUAUGUGUACUGAGGUAUGUUUUCUGUACAGGGGGGCUAACCUUAAUUAUUUUUAUUAAGGUUACAGUUUCACUCCAAUUUUUUCGUUGACAUUUUUCGGUUUUUGUUUCGGUUUUGGUUUUGAAAUUCAAAAUUUCAGUUUCAGUUUGGGUUUCGGUUUUAUUUACAAAAAUUUUGGUUUUGGUUUCGGUUUUCGGUUUUUUUCAGUUUUACAUAUUUUUUUUUAAUUUCUUCAAAAUUUUUCAAUCUCAAAACACAAAGCGAUUUUUUUAAUUAUUGAACGUGGUAUGCGUAACAAAUCUCACAUUUAGGUGGGCAAAAUGAUCUUUUAUUCUUCCGAGCCUUUUUCCUAUUCAUGUUCACUGCCCUGAAAUGAAGGUAAAUAAGUUCCAAAGUCAAAACUGAUAAUUCUUCAAGAUGCCUUGCGGCUAUCUUGCAGCUUUUCACCCCAGCCUCAAGAAUUGGAAAAAAUUAUCGUGUGUAAUCGUAAUACUUCGAUAGGUUCAUUAAAUUUUAUUCAUCAAUUUCCCUGGAUUUUGAGUCUCAAAAGUUGAAAAUGUGAAAAAAUCCCCCCAAAAAAAUUGAAAAAACUGAAAAAACCCAAACCAAAAACCGAAAUAAAUUAUAUCGGUUUAGGUUUCGGUUUCACUCACUCUGCUUCAUUAUUAAUGUUAUGGUUUUUUACGGUUUUUAAAAAACCUAUGAAAUUUCAGUGUUUGUUUUCGGUUAAGGUUUGAAAAUGGCUAAAAUUAGGUUCUUGUUUGGGUUUCGGUUACGGUUUUCGGUUUUUUGCGGUUACGGUUAGCACCCCUGUUUCUGUAGAGAAAAAAAUGAAAAAUGAACAGUUUAAUAUUUUAUUAAAACACCAUUUCACAUUUGAAUGUAAAAAAUAUUGAUAAAAUAAUUAUCUACGAUUAAAAAAAUAGAACAAAAAGGUUAAACAACACUCUCCGGUUCUUCAAACUCGCCAUUCCUGUUUGUCACCCAGUUGGCUUCAUCUUUUACGUGUUUGCUGCUUGGUAGAUGUUCAUAAUACGCGGCAUACUCUUGCAGAAUUAUUUUUUUAUUGAGCAUAUUGAUUAGAUCUUUUUUUUUUGGCCACUGAAAUCGGUAGCUGCGCAGCGUACACGGUUUUUCUCAAAACAAAUCGAUUCGUAGCACCUUCGGAACCAUCCGAUUUACAUUUCCUGCGAGGUGUACGACUGACAUCCAGCUUUAAAAAUUCACUCUUCACAUCAUAUUUGAAGAAAACGAUAUUUUUAGAAUCUUCAGUGAACCGUAGCCAUUUGAUUUUCAGCCAGUCAACGUUGUUAUUUUCGACAUCUUUCUUCUGAUUAAUCAUUAUUUUUUCCGUUAAAGCCCUGAUGUUAUAAAAAUUGGAGUAGUACAAACGUUUUACAAUGUAUGGAACUACCUCUGGCGUUUUCUUUGGAUUCCUUUUCUGCGCUCUUUUCAUAAUAUUUUCGUAUUCCGUAGGGGAGUAAACUGUUUGGUUUUUUCUAGUCCUUUCAAUCAACGAAUGAGCCGCAUCACACUCCAUGAAAGAAUGCCCAGAUUCCAUGAACUUUAGGUCAAUACAUUUCAAAUUCGGAAUCGUCUGCACAACAUGCAAAAGUGUUGCUGUCACAAACUGAUUCCGAUUUUGUCCUGGGCAUGUAUCACAAUACAAAAUGACUCAUUCUACAGUGGGUUUCAAAGAUAAAAGAUAAUCGUAUAGGCAAGAACUUAUUUCAGUACUUGAUUUUUGUCCGUUGCAUUCAUCAAAAACGUUACAAACACAAUCCACAUUGCUGUCAUAAAUGGUGAAGUUGUAAACACUCAUCUUACGUUUGUAGUAAGCUUCUGCAUCUUCGCAAUAUGGAAGUACUAACACUGCUUGUAGAUCGAAUGUCCUAUAAAUUAGAGAUUCGUCUGUGGCUGCGAGACGUUUAUCAUUAGCUUUCAUUUCUCGUAUGUCUUCUUUCCUCUGGACAUGCACUUCAUACUCUGCUGAACCAUCCGCAUUGUUACAAACAGUACACUGGUCCUUCAAUGGUUGAUGGAAUUUGAUUCGCGGUUCCCAUGCAUUAAAAACCUUUCGGAACUUAUCAACUGACACAGCAUCAGCUCCCAUUUCUUUUCUGUAUAAUUUGUAAAGCUUCGGAAAAUCGAUUCCUGGUUCCAAAAAUAAACAAGUAGAAUUUUUGCGGCAGUAGUGAGAUGGAAGCUUAGGGAUGGCGUUGAUGAAAGUAUUCACUUUUGCCAGCAGCCGUUCCGGAGUGAUUUGUCCCAAUGGAGCGCGACCUAAAUUACCAUGAUCUGGAUUAAAUCUGCCUGUAGUAGGAUUAAUUCGAUUUGCAACAUUUCGUGCAAUUUUAGUCGAGAUUCCAAAAGUCCAACAAAAAAAUUGUUGACAUACUCUGAUCAUAUCGCCAGAUUCGUUUGGUAGCAUGUACGUAACACUAAAUUUUCGUACAACAGACGGAUAGUCUGUAGUUCUACGUUGCACACUGUUUACUAUCAGUAACGUGCUGAGAAACGAUCUUUGAGCUUUACGAUCAAGCUGGUGGUAUUCUGGAAAAAUGCUACUUUGUUGUUCAUGAGUAAUUACGUUACGACAAUUAUAACGUUUACAAUCACAAUCAUCCGGUUUCAACUUUUUCUCUUCAAUAGGAUUGCCAGCUCGACUUGAAUGUGGUUUUCCAGCAGUUACAGAGGCAGUGUGGACAUUCUGCGCCCAAUUAUGGGGUUCCGCAAAUCUAGUACGAGGUUUUCAUUUACGUUUUCUCGUUCCAGUUUCUAUAAAAACGCAAACUUGCUUUAAAAUACCUGCAGAAUGUUUCGUUUAUGUAGUAUGAGCGAAGAUUAAAAAUUUACCUGUAUCUGUAGUUGGCUCUUGAUUCUCAUUUUCGUCAUUAGUCUUUUCUGCUGUUUCCAAUGUAGAGCUAUCAUUUAUUACGAUGUUUCGAUCAACGUUACUUUCUGUAAAACAUAAUGAGUUGUUUCAGAGAAAGAAGUGAUCGUUUUUAUUUCACUUGAAAUGAAAAUAAUGCCCAUAAAUUACAAAAUAAAGUCAUGGGACAAGCCGGAAUUGUAAAAUAUAAAAUCUACACUACACAUUUCUGCAAAUAAAGUGAAAUUACCUUGCUUAGUAGUUCUGAUGUAAUAUUUAUUGGAUCGCGAUUGACCCAAUAAAAACGAAAUUUUAAUUAUUUUAAUUGAAUUAUAAUAUGAUGAAAUAAAUGAACUCAUGUUGUCUACAUUGUUUAUAGGGAUUUGACAAGACAACUGUCGCGCUCUAGGAAAUUGUAGUAAAAAACACCGGAACUAACGAAAGGUCCCGUUGUUAUCAGCAAUUUUCAACAAUUUUCCUUCAAUUUUCACAACAUUACAUUCCAAUGUUUAUACUGGGACCUUUCAUCAGCCAAUCAUAAACAAGGCGACACUAGCGCGGCGCACCUCUGUCAAGUUCCUAUUCAUAACUGUUCUUUCUAGGCUUGGAUACAAAAGUACUGGCUAAAUAUUACGGAGUCACCCACAAUGCCUCGUACACGACAUAAUACACGUACAAAAACACACCUAUUUAAAUAUUUGGCGAUGUCAAAAACACGUUAUCACCAAUAAAAUGAGAACAAUGCACAGAAAACCUCCGGUUGAAAGGUGCGGCCUGGUUAUUGACUAAUACUUACUAGUACAUGCAAUCAGCGUGAGAGUGCGCCAAUAAACAACUGAGAAAUUCGAGUGUCCCAUAUUAGGCAGGUUCCCAUAUUCGGGCAGUUUACCCCUAAUGGCACAAGGAGCGGUGUGUACAUGGCAGGCAAUAAUGACCAAAAAAUUUCUCCCCAAUAUCAGAAAUGAUGCCUAUCAUUUUGAUGAUUUAGUAUAAUCCAUUGCACAACUAGAUAUUAGAAGAGAAAAUAAUUUUCAAAUACAUAUGUAUUUAUCUUAAAAUAAGCAAUUUGUAAAUUUCCAAUUAGUAUGGUUCCCUAAAAUUUCAAAACCAGCCAAAACAUCCAGGAAAUCCUCAAUUAUUGAAGUACUCCAUCCAGGAUAGUAGGGUUUUCUCACUUGUUUUGUUGUUUUCAUUGUCAUUAUAAUUAGGUACAAUGUAUAUAUGUUAGGUACCAAGUCCGAAAUUGUACAAUUCGGGGUUGGUACAGCCAAUUUUGUACCAUCUCCGAAGUGUCCGGACCAAGCGUGGAUAUUAUUUUUUCAUCGGGCUUUGUUUGUACCAUGGCCGGAAGGUCCGGACAAAGUGUUCGACUUGGUACAAUUUGUCUUGUGCAAAGUCCGAUUUGAAGUUUUAUAAUGAAGGAAUUCGAAUUUUGUGCUUUUUCUAUACUGUUGUAUUGUUAUAGUUGAAAAAUAAUCACCAAUACCCCUCCCUCCCUCGCUCCUAAAAAGGAACCCCCCACACAAAUUUAAAAUGCGUAUUUAUUAUAUUGGUAUUAAUAUUGAAUAGCAUCAGUAAGAAUAAAAUAAGUUAAUGUUGUGGGCCUUGAUCACCUUGGGAAUUCUUCUAAUUUCAGCUGAUAUUUUAUACCUAUAAAAAUUUCAAUUUCCGAAAUGAAAAACAAUCAGCCCUAGAGAAGCUCUCAAAAAUUGAGAGAUGAAAAAUUUUGAAACGAAAAACAAUUCGCUCAGGUGAAUAAGCUAGGGUGUUUUUCUCGCCCUUCCGCUUCAAUAAUAAUUAAUGAUGUGAUUAUAUGGUUGUGAAGCUUGAUCUUUCUGCUUUAAAGUACCGUAUUAGUAUUUUUUUAAUUUUGCGUAUUUUCAGCUCCAGAGCGUGUCAAACAGUCAGAAAAAGUGGACUUAGGCCCAUUUGGAAUUAUCUGAUUUUAAAAAUUUCGAAAAAGAGCUGAAAAACGCGUUUUUUAAAAAAAAAUUCACGAAUCAUUAAUUUAAUACAUUUCUGAAACAAUUUCAUGUGAAAACGCCUUCACUCGAAAAUCGUUGAAAAACUUGAAAAAAAAACCGGCACAACUGCACUUGUAUACAAAUACUCGUAAAAAAUGGAUUUAGGCCACUUUGGAAUAAUCAGCUGUUUUUUCGAGCCGGCAAAACAGCGCUCCUGAGCUAAAAAAGUAACGCCAGGUGUUGGGACAAGGUGAUAAAGGUGUUAACCGACCUGUACCAGCAGAUGGCGCUGCUAACUCAAAAAUGAUAAAAAUGGACUUAGGCUGACUUGGAAAGGAACCCUUCAAUUCUGAAAUUAAUAAAUCAUUUCUUUAGUCUUGUUCUCUGAAGAAAAAAUGUAAAUCCUAAUUCAAGAACUAAAUAAUUGGCCUAUAGGUACCUAUAUUUUUACAUGCAAAAAGAUAAUUUUUCUGGUUUUAAGAUUUUAAAAAUUUGAAAAAUAAAUUUCAAAAAAUUACAGUUUUGGAAUGAAAAAAUAGGCAAAUGCGAGUGCAAAAGCUUUUGAAAAUUUAUAAAUCAAAAAAUAAAAUGCCUUCGUUUUGGACUUAAUUAAAAUGUCAAGGAUUAAAUUUUUAAAUAAAGGCAUGAAAUUCGAAUCCCUUCAUUAUAAAACUUUAUAUCGGACUUUGCACAACACAAAUUGUACCAAGUCGAACACUUUGUUCGGACCCUCCGGGCAUGGUACGAACAAAGUCCGAUGAAAAAGUAAUAUUCACGCUUGGUUCGGACACUUCGGAGAUGGUACAAAAUUGGCUGUACCAUCCCCGAAUUGUACAAUUUCGGACUUGGUACCUAACAUAUACAUGGACAUUUUUUUCGUAAUAUCCUACUUUGUAUACUACCCAGUAUAUGCUGACAAACUCUAUACACACCCUUCAUUCUUCCUGAAUAUCCAAUGCUUGCUGUCUUGGAUGAACAUAAUGUUUUUUCAAACAGAUCCAUUAGACAAAACUUUGUAGUUUUGUCUAAUGGAUGCCCUUUGGACUGUUAUGCAAUUCCACUGGUACUAAGCAGUCCUCUUGAGUAACUGUUUUCCCUGCUUUCUAUUUGAUUACUUCUUUGAAGUACUGAGCAGGUGAGCACAUAAAAUAAAAAUGAUGCAAGAAAAGUCUACAUAUUUGACAAUUUAAUACCAAUAUACCAUACCACUCACCUUUCUUCAAUAGAACUGUGUUUCUUUGCCUUUGAUGUACAUUUAUAUUGGCUUAUGAUCAUUGUCCAGUACUACUACUACCUCAUUCCCAGCCAUUUUAAUCUAAUGAAAGUUAAAUCAAUCAGAACAUGAAAAAAAUGAAAAAAUGAAUUGUUUCAUCACUAUCAAUUUCCAUUGGUAGAUGUUGCACAUGUUGUACAAGAUCACUGGAGCAGUACUUGCACAUUCUUCUGCACAACACAGCACAAGUGUGUGCAGCUGACGUCAUCUGUGCACACACUGUGCAACUUUUGAAGGUCCCCCGAUUUUCGCAGUUAUGUACAUACCUAAGAUAUUUAUAAAUAAUUAACAAGUACUGAAGUACUUCGACUUAUCAUUUUGCAGAAAAAAUAUGAAAUAUAAAAAUAAUAUCAAAAAACUGCAAUUGUGGGUAGGGGUAGCAUCAUGAAACAAAUUUAAAAUUAGAAUUACGAAUUACCACAAGACAUUAAAUGAGACCUCGAUCUGUUUUUUCCCUUGCACAUUGCUCAGCACUCACAUAUCCACUUGCACACUCCAUCAAAUGUCCCAAGGUGCUCAUUUUGUUGCUUAUAAUACGCGUCCUUAUUGUUAGUUGCCACUUUAUGCUGCUCUCAAAUUGCAGCUAAUUCAUGCACCAUUAUAUGGCUUGAACUCAGUCCUCUUUUGUUUACGCUUCCUUUGGCAUUUAUUUUUCUUUUGCCAGAGGUAGGAUUUUGAUUUUGAGUGCUGUCGGAAGUGGAGGUGGAAGGAGUACCAUUACUAGGUGUGUAGGUGUAAAUGGUGAAACAAUUCCAUCAUACUCAAACUCUCUGGCAUUAUCCUGUUCGCCCUCUGGAGGGUCAUCUGCUAGUUCUUCUCUGAACCAUACUCCUAGGUAAUCCCCAUCAGUGUGCUUCAAGAUACUAAACACCAUUUCCGCAUCAUCCCCAUUACAGCUGUCCUUCUUACCCCACAUCUCAACUAGUACUCUUUACAAAUUACAAAACAUAACAGAAGUAAGUUAAUAAAAGUAUGGAACAUGAAUAGUGCAAUGCAUUAAAUCUUGCACACCACAGAAUGUAAAAAUUACUUACUGGUGGACUUUUUCAGAUACAUUUUUAAUUUUUUUCUGGCAAUCACGGCCAGUUUUGUUUUUUGCACCCCUCCACCGGUGGGUCCAUAAGUCACCUGGCGGCCUCAAAAAUCGAGCGCACGCGCAUUGUCGCAUUCCAUCACUUUGGCUUUGCAUUACACUGAGCCAGUCAGAUAUCAUGUUAGUGGAGGGUCCAAAAGUCACCUGGCAACCUCGAAAAUCGAGCGCACGCGCGUUCCAUCGCUUUGGCUUCCCAUUACACUGUGUUGCUUAUUGCAAAUUUUCCAGGUGACUUAUGGACCCCCCUGUACUUCUUCUCCUUCAUUUUUUCGGCAACAAUGGCCCUCUUUUUAUUCACACUCUUUGACUUGGCCUAUGUACUACCUCCUUCAAAAACCUUUCUGUAGACAGAUAAAUAGUACAGAUCCUCUGCUUCAUCAUUCCAUUCUGCAAAAUAAUACAAAGGAAAAGUGUUUAAAAAUUUGAAAAACAUCAGGGUACUUAUUAGUUAUUACUCCUGUUUAUGGCCAAGUUAUAAAAAAAAAUUAUACAGGCUGAGAUCCUAAAAAAAAUGAAACACCUGUUACUUUGAUAGUUUUAGAAAAUGAUCUUACUACAUGAAUCUGGAGCAUCUCCCUCAUCCUCAUCAUCAUCACCAUUGUUAUCUGUUUUAUUUUCUGACUGUACAACUGUACUUUUACCCAUCUCUUUGGGGGUUGGUUUUUGGAGUGUUUGCACUUGCGGUUCCACUGCCACUUUAGGGGUAGGUUUUCAGCCUGUACUAUGCAUUUCCACUGCUACUAUUUUGUCCACUUUAGUUAUUAUUUCCCUAUCUUUCUGUACAAUUAGUUUUUUGUAAUACUGAAUUACUGAGCACCUAAAAUGAAAAUGAUGUAAGAAAAGUGUACAUAUUCAUUAGAUCAUCACUUCAAUAUCAAUAUACCCACUCACCUUUCUUCAAUAGAACUGUGUUCUCCUCUGCUUCUAUGUGUACUGGCUUUUUUUCUUUGUCCAGUACCACUGCGAAUUUAUCAGCCAUUUUAAGACUAAUGAAAUAUAAAUCAAUCCGAAGAUGAAAAACAGUAAUUUUUAAUUCUUAUCAACUUCUGCCUGUAGAUGUUGCACGUGUUGCACAAAAUCAUUCGAGCAGUAUGUGCACAUUCUUCUGCACAACACAGCAGAGGGUGGUCUGGGGAGUAAUCCGAAAGGUGAUCUGAUCAUUCAUAAAUAUCUAGCUAAUUUUCAUGUGUAUUUAUUGUGUGUAAUUAUUUAUAUUUUAGAUUCCGAGUGUGAUAUACCGAAACAAUAAUUUCUUCCUAAUUUUGUAUUCGCCAAAUUCCUUUUUGUAGGUAUACCUACGAGUACUUGACUUGUUUGUACUCUGUUUAUAUGUCGUUGCUUUAUUAGGAAAAGGUCGUAACUACAAUUUUAAAAAAAAAUGAGAUAGUGGUAUCAUUGGAAAGAGAAUUUUGUCCUCUACAUGAUGCAACACUUGAAAUUGAAUUUCGAUGUUUUUUGUUCUCGCAAUAGCCGAAAACAAAUGGUUUUAAAUACACGUUUUCAAAACCGUUACAAUGAAAAGGUUCUAAAUGAUAUUGUUUCUCAGAUUGAACCUAUUUCUUUUGAUUUUGGUAAUUUAUUGGUAAGAAAAGUCAUUAUAAACACAUAAUUUCACGUCAUUUCACUGAUAAAUUGCAGAAAAUCAACCUCAUCACCUUAAGGAUAUCGUUCCUGUGUAUUUCUUAUGGGCUUUUGAUGAAAAAAGCUUGACUUAAGGUGAAAGUUCCUUUGUUGAAUUUUACUUUUUUCAGUUCAGAGUUCCUCAAAUAAAAAAAUGAAAAAUCAGUGCUACCAGGAUGUUUAUUUAGAAAAUUAGCAGGAAAAUGAUUGCGAUAACCAAAUGUUCUCUUACCUCAUCUAAAACUAUCAAGUGUACUUGAUAGAAUGCUCUUCAAAAAUUAAAAUGCGUUUUCUGAGAAAUCAACUUUCAUGUAGUUAUGACCUUUUCCUAAUAAAGCAACGAUGUAUAUUUUGAAAUUUUUUGUACAUACUGCAUACAUACGAUAUACCAAUGUUGGUAAUUUUGUAAAUGAUUAAUUUGUGAUACUUUCGUAAUUUUUAACACAUGAUAAAGUAAGAAGGUACAUUUGUACGUAAUGUACCAUAUUUUUUUAAAAAAAAUGAUCAAUGAUCACUGUGUUCCUUAUGUGAUUUUUUUAACAUUACCUAAAUGUAAUACUUAUUACGAUAUUCGUAAUUUUAUUAUUUUGAAAAAAUCUUUUUCAUCUUGAAGAUGUAAUGCGUGCCUUGUAGGUACAAAUUGUUGUAUUUAAACUGCAUAAUAUUCUUACUAUGCGUCUCAUUCGUACUCGUAUUUGUAUUGUAAAAUUCAUUAAGGAGCCUGCGGGUAUUAAUGUUACGCCAACUCGAAGUUAUAAUUAUUAUUGUCUAGAGCUGGCGCGUUAUAAACUUUUGCCAUUUCUGGUGAUCUUGAGGUUUUGCAUGUACAACUGCGAAAUAUUCGAUGCUGUAAUUAAAAACGAUGUAAGUUUCAACGAUCAAGGGUUGAUUCGUGUUAUGUAGGUGCCAUUAACAUGCUGCAAAAUGUAGAAUAUUUUUUACGUUUGUACGAAAUUAAUAAAAUUUGUUUCAAUGUUUA